UCCUCCACUCGUUAAGUUCUUUCUAGCCCAUUUUCCAUUCCAUCAAAAUGGAGAACGAAUUCAGGGAAGAACCAUUGUCUCUGCAACUUGAACAUCACCCAUCACCGCCGCCACCACCACCACCACCAACGCCGCCUAUUCCAUCAUAUCUGCUUGUUUAUUUGUACGUCGGCCACUUCUUGACUAGAUGGGGUGCCAGGAUGUGGGAAUUCUCUGUUGGGUUAUAUAUGAUCAAUAUUUGGCCUAAUUCAUUACUCUUAACUGCUAUCUAUGGAAUUGUGGAAUCGGCUUCUAUUGUUGUUUUUGGUCCUCUUGUUGGACAAUGGAUAAAUAAACUGUCAUAUAUCAAUAUUCUCCGGCUUUGGCUCUUAACACAAAACCUCUCUUUUCUGGUAGCUGGUGGCUCUGUUAUUACCUUGCUCAUCUAUGAAAACCUUAAGCUAACCAAGUUUACAGUUUUCUUAUCGCUGGUUAUAUUGACAAACAUAUCCGGAGCAAUUGGUGCUCUUUCAACUCUCGCGGGCACAAUCUUGAUCGAAAGAGAAUGGGUUGUGGUUAUAUCAGAAGGACAACAACCUAUGGAAGUUCAUCUUCUUCCUAAGAUGAAUUCAAUCAUAAGAAGAAUUGAUUUGGUUUGCAAGCUAUUCGCGCCAGUUGCGUCUGGAUUAAUCAUUAGCUUCGUAUCGCUUAAAGCUUCUGCGAUGGCCUUCUCGAUAUGGAAUGUUUUGUUUGUUCUAAUUGAGUAUUGGCUAUUCAUUUCUGUCUAUAAAGGCAUUCCUUCUCUGAAAGAAAGCAAUAGAAGAAGGAUUUCUUCUAGGCUUUCGCCAAUUCUUGUAGACGAAGAAGAAGAAACUAAUAAGUUUAUGGAUACAUUUUCGCGGUUUUCGUAUGUUAAAGCUUGGAAGGUUUACCUUAGACAAGAAGUAGUCCUUCCUGGCAUCGCUCUUGCCUUGUUGUAUUUUACUGUUCUUAGCUUUGGAUCGUUAAUGACGGCUGCGCUAAUAUGGGAAGGAAUACCUGCUUAUAUUAUCGGGAUUGGACGAGGAAUAAGCGCGACAAUAGGGAUAACUGCUACUUUUUUGUAUCCAAUUAUGCAAUCUCGGAUUUCUCCACUUAGAACAGGGCUAUGGUCUAUUUGGUCACAGGUAUUAUUUUAACUUAUUGCUUGUAUUAAAUGAAUGCAAUUAUUUAUAAGUUGCUAACUUUUGGAAUAUUUUGUGAAGUGGACUUUCCUUAUAGUUUGUGUAGCUUCUAUAUUUGUCAAAAAAGGAUUUGCUUCUGCUUAUAUGUUGAUGGGUGGUGUGGCUGCGUCGCGUUUAGGGUUGUGGAUGUUUGAUUUAGCAGUCACGCAACAAAUGCAGGAUCAAGUUAGUGAAUCCGAUCGCAUUGUGGUGGGAAGUGUUCAAAAUUCGAUACAAUCGGUUUUGGAUUUGAUGACGUAUGUUAUGGGUAUUAUAAUAUCUAAUCCUAAGGAUUUCUGGGAAUUGACUGUCAUAUCGUUCGUUCUUGUCACAUUGGCAGUGUUUCUUUAUUGUUUGCAUAUAUACCGUGUUCGAAAGCAUCUCAUUCACUUUGAAAAAUUGUUACUUCUUUCGCCGUGGCGCGCCAGAUCCUUCUAACUUAUGUUUUACCAAUAUCAAUAAUUGUUGUUGUAAAUGAAUAUUUGUUUGUUCAUCU